GGAAAUAAAACUUGAUAAUUACAAUCCUCUUUGUUAAUCGCUGCUAAGAAAAAAUAGCUGCAACUUGUUCAGACGCUUCGGAAUUGAAAGCUAAGGUUUUUGAAAAACACGACGCUUUAUUAAUUUUUUCUAUAAGAUUGAUCGACAGCCAAGAAUCGGUAUAAAUCUUAUCGGUCCCAAUCUUCCGCAUUCCUGUCUGUCAGAUCUAGAAUAAGAAGUUACUUAGCAACGUGAUGUAAUCUUAUUACGUCAUUGUGAUGUAACAGACCAUGUUUCUCAAGAAGACACGAAGAUUUUCCAAAAUGCAUUAAAAUGUCACAGGCUGAGUACUUGAGCUUUUAACUCUGUUUACCUCGGCACUUUUGGAAGUCAGCGUGGAGAAACAAAAUUUGAGAAUUUUGACUGAAAGUUUCAAUAUCUUCCGGCGCUGAUUUGAAGCUUUGACAAACAGUUAUCCUGAUUGUAAUUUUCAACACAAUGAGUGCGCUUAAAAUCUGAUUUUGAAUUUACAUAAGCGGCAUGUACAAAGGUAAAACACAACAGUCAAGGGCGUCAGUGCAGUUCGGAAAAUCAGAAAAGACAAUUUUUCACUUUGUGUUACAUGGGAGUAAAGAUUGCUGAAUGAUUUUUCGCGGAAACGUUCCAUGGACAAAAUUCAGGAAUGUGCAGUUCACGGAUCUGGAGGAAUUUCCAACAUUCACCUGUCGACGGCAGCUAGUCGAUUUUCCGAUUGUUCAAGCAUUUCUCGCAUCAGUCUUUCUGCUGCUCCGGCGUUAACUGAGAAAGAUAGCGGGUUUUCAAUCGAGAAACAUUCUUCUGGUCGUGAGGACCCGACAAUGCAUCGGCCUUUCUGUAGAGCUCCCAAGAUAAUUUGCUUGCCUUCAAAUUCGGAGGGACAUUUCAGUGAAAGCAGUGAUAGCAACGUAGGCACCAGCCAUCGUAAUCAAGAGGCAAAUGAUGGAACAAAUCACAGAAAGUUUGAAGUUCCGCCACGACGAGCGAGUUUCGAAGAUGUUCCAACCACGGCACAUUGUACUUCAUGUGGAACCCAGGUUUUAACGUAUACUAAAUACCGCACUAGCAGCAUGACCUGGGCACUAGCAGGGUUGUUGUGUGCUUUUGGUUGUCACUUAGGAUGCUGUCUAGCUCCAUUCUUUUACAAUUCCGUUAAGAAUGUAGUUCAUUUAUGUCCGUUAUGCAGUACAGAGCUUGGUAUAUAUGCCCAAGAAUAGGAAUCCUCACCAAUCUAUACUAACUUCGCUGUUAAGAGCGAUUUCGAACAAUUGAAUGUCAUAAAACAAAAACCAAAGCAAUUACUAGCUUACCAAUUAGACUACUCGCCCAGUCGCAAACCUUAGUAAGACCGAAACACAAACCAAAGUAACCGUCUAAUUACUUCCCACACUCAAUUGAAAACUGCUCUAUGUGAAGUAGGGUCGAAAUAAUAUAAUUAGUUCUAGGUUCUAGACCUCUAAUAAUUACGAUAUAAAUAGUUUUCAAAAAUGCCGUAACGGUCACUUUGAAAAUGUCUGUUGACUAGUAUAAAGUUCAGUAUUUCAAGAGUUUGUAUAAUGGAAAUAAUAAAGCAAUGGAUAACGUUGAAAUAUUCUGCGUAAAUCACUGAGAUCACUUACCUUUAUCUCGCUUUUCUGGCGUAAUCGCUCCUCGCAUUCUUCCAACAUCACGUGCCGCGUGCACCGGCUUAUUAAGCGACAAACAAUAAAAAUGGUGGUUUAGUGCCAUCUUAUAAAUAAAGGCGAGAAGUUCUUUGCGCUAUCGAUGCUGUAGCAAAAUUUACCCUCAUUCUGGUUCAAGUUCAGUUGACUGAGGUUUUUUUUUGCGAAACUGUCUGGCUUUAAUAAGUACUAGUCGCAUCAACGAAGGUUUCAAGCUUACUGAAAACGUCAUCUUACUAAAUUUGCUACC